CUCCAGAGCUGGCAGAGCAAGGUCAGACCUCAAUCCUGGACGUCGACGAACGAGGUGCAAGCUAUUGGUGAUAGCAUCACGACCACCAACCUCAAGACAACCCUGCGCCCGGUAUUCCGCGCCGCACCGCAACCGACCGGCCACAAGGACAGGCGGCACAAAGACGCGAAACACUGUAUCAAGAGCAGCCCGGUCCCGUGCCCGCAAGCACCUACGCACAAUGCCGACCCCCGAGUCUCAGUCCUUCCUGGCCAAGAAGCCGACCGUCCCUCCCACAUUCGACGGUGUCGACUACGACGACAACAAGGCGCUCAAGCAGGCCCAGGAUGCCGUCGUUCGUGAGCAAUGGGUGCAGGUCAUGAUGGGCCGCCUGGUGCGCGAGGAGUUAAGCAAAUGCUACGUGCGCGAGGGAGUCAACCACCUUGAGAAGUGCGGCUCGCUCAGAGAGAAAUACCUGCAGAUGCUCAAGGACCACCGGGUACGGGGAUACCUGUUCGAGCAGCAAAACUACAUUGAUGGACAGAUCAAGAAGUCGGCUUAGGGGCUGUCACUUGGAUAUUGUGGCAAUACUGAAAACAUGAGCCGCGGCAGGGGAAAGCCUGGCAGUCCAGAAGGACGUCGAGAGGUCUUUGGCCUCGUGUACAACCAAACCCGCCUACACUGUAUAUCGCGCAAAGGACGCCACCAUCAAGGGUUACGGCAGCCUCGCCAGCAAUUAAAGCACCGUGAAUCUUGCAACAAUCCAAUUGACAGAUUACAAA